ACUCGUAGCAGCAGCAGCAGCAGCAGCAUCAUCCCCUUCCGUCUUGCAUCAGGAAACCAUCGUAGGUAUGUUGGCGCUCUGAUGGCCGACCCUGUGUUCUUUGUGACGAGAGCUCCCCCUGCGGGUGGGAGGCCAGUGCAGCUGGAUGGGCUGAACUUCCUGCGGCGCUCAGCUGGAGAGGAGAACAGUACAGUGGAGAGAUGUUUUCAGGCACACGCCCACAGCAGCGUGCUCCAGGGGCUGCCCUUUGGAGGGGUGCCCACCGUCCUGGCCAUCAACAUUGUCCUGUGGAUGUUUUUGUUGCUCAUUUUUUCGUGUCUGAGGAAGGCUGCAUGGGACUAUGGCCGCCUGGCUCUGCUGAUGGAGAAUGACAGUCUAACAUCACUGUUCUAUGGGGAACAAAGUGAAAAGGAGAAGUCCCCCUCAGACUGUAGCCCAUCAGACUCUGAAAGCAAGGACAUGGGCUUCUGCUCAUGGCUUUCAUCUCUUUACCAUAUGAAGGAUGAGGAGAUCCGGAGCAAGUGCGGCUUGGAUGCAGUCACAUACCUGUCCUUCCAGCGCCACAUCAUCCUUCUGCUCAGCAUGGUCUGCCUGCUGUCUUUGGCUGUCAUUCUGCCGGUCAACUUUUCCGGGAAGCUCCUGGGGGACAGUCCAGAAAACUUUGGUCGAACAACUCUGGCUAACAUUAACAGAGAGGACCACUUUCUAUGGCUCCACUGUGUCUUUGCUCUGUUGUAUUUUAUCCUCACACUGCUGUGCAUGACCCACCACUCCAUACGGCUGGAGUACAAGGAGGACCACAAGGUGGCCCGGACAUUGAUGAUCACAUCUAUUCCCAGAGAGAUCUCUGACCCAGGGCUCAUCACCAAACACUUUCAUGAGGCCUACCCGAGCUGCACAGUCACUGACAUACGCUUCUGCUUUGACGUCCACAAGCUGAUGAAACUGGACUUGGAGAGACGAAAAGCCAUGAAAGGUCGUCUAUACUUUGCUUCAAAGGCCCAGAAGGAAGGCAAGAUCAUGAUCAAAACCCACCCAUGUGCUCAAAUCUUCUGCUGCGACGCGUGCGGGUUCGAACAAGUGGAUGCAGAGCAGUACUACAGUGAGCUGGAGGAGAAGAGGACCGAUGAGUUUAAUGCAGAGAAGAACCGCAUUGCCACCAAGAGGCUGGGCAUCGCUUUUGUUACGUUUAGGGAUGAGCGCAUGACAGCUGUAAUCGUGAAGGACUACAGACGUGUCCAGUGCCAGCGCCAUGUCCAGCAGUCCAGCAUCAGCGCAGUGGUCCAGUCUCAGAAAUGGGGGGUGAGCUACGCCCCGGCCCCCAGUGAUAUCAUCUGGGAGAACUUGUCUGUGUGUGGGUACCGCUGGUGGCUACGCGGCAUCCUCCUCAACAUCCUGCUCUUCCUCCUGCUCUUCUUCCUCACUACUCCGGCCAUCAUCGUCAAUACCAUGGACAAGUUCAACGUCACCAGGCCCGUGGAGAGUCUGCAGAGCCCAGUCAUCACACAGUUCUUCCCCACUCUGCUGCUGUGGAUGUUCUCAGUGCUGCUGCCUUUCAUUGUGUACUACUCAGCCUUCUUUGAAUCCCAUUGGACCAGAUCAGGAGAGAACCAGGUGACAAUGCACAAGUGCUUCCUGCUGUUGGUCUUCAUGGUCAUUAUCCUGCCCUCACUCGGCCUGUCCAGUCUGGACCUUUUCUUCACCUGGGUCUUUGAUGCCAACUUUUUGGAUCAACGAGAAGUCAAAUUUCAGUGUGUCUUUCUUCCAGACAAUGGGGCAUUCUUUGUAAAUUAUGUCAUCACUUCGAGUUUGAUUGGGACCGCGAUGGAACUGCUGCGAAUUCCUGCUCUGACGGUUUACAUGGUCCGACUCUGUUUUGCCAAGUCUCAAGCAGAACGUAUCCAUGUGAAAAGGAGUCAGGCCUAUGAGUUCCAGUUUGGCCUGGAGUAUGCCUGGACCAUGUGCAUCUUGAGCGUCACUAUGGCCUACAGUAUCACGUGCCCGCUCAUCACACCCUUUGGUCUUCUCUAUGUGAUUCUGAAGCACAUGGUGGAUCGCUACAACAUUUACUAUGCAUAUGUCCCCACUAAACUCAGCCAGCGCAUUCACAGGGCCGCCAUCAACCAGGUCAUCGUGGCUCCCAUCCUCUGCAUCUUCUGGCUGCUCUUCUUCUCUGUGCUCAGACUAGGUCCAGUGCACCCCAUCACCCUGUUUACCUUCGUGUCCCUGCUCUCCUGUAUCGCUUUCUGUAUCGUUCGCUUGUGCCUUAGGAAGCAGCCAGACAAGUCCAGCAGUUACCAGAUGUCUGACCAGCCUGCAGAGGGCGCGUUCACUGAUCCAGAGAGGAGCACAGUCACCACCACCAUGGCUUCCAAUAUGUUUGUUGCGUCUGUACUGUUGGAGCCAGAGCUUGCCCUGACCCCCAUGCCCUCCCCGGCUCACCACAGCUAUGGGGCCAUGUCCAACGCCCAGAGCCCCAGUUGUGGAACCCUCCAGGAUGAGGAGGGGGGACACCGAGAGACAGAGCUCCAAGACACCCCCUCUGACCCCCACCUCUCCAGCCCCCUCAUGGACUGCCCUGUUAGCUACCAAGACCUGACACGCUAGCUCCCGUCUUACCUGGGACGAUGCUGCAUUUUCAUCACUGACUUACCCCUGUAUAGCUGCGUGACACCCAAAAUUGAAACUUGUACAAUGGAAACAUGCCUAUGGGAACUUGUACAAAUCUCUAUACAUUUUUUCUGUGUAUAGAUCCUAUCUGCCAAGUGAAUCAUAAUUCUUCUUUUCAUGCAACUUGUUGAUGUGUGCACACUGCUUCCAAACUUAUUCUAAAUUUCAUGUUCUUGAAAGAGUCCACGUAGAGAAACUCAUUUGGAUUUGACCCAUCCCUAUAUUAUACCAACUCCUGUCAAUGGCCAACUGCAGUGCAUCAUUUGAAGGCUGUUAUUAUUCCCAUUUUGAGCUAUCUUCGUGGUCAGGAGUGCCUAGCUGGAGUAUUGUGCACCGAAGCAAACCAGAGGUAACCCACCAUGCGAACCCAGCACAGCCCUGGAAUUGAACCCGAGACCUCCGUGAGUAGCUGGGUGAGGGGGCGGUGUGACCAGGCUCACCCCAGCAGACUGCCCUGGUCGGGGUGAGUGGCAGAUCUGGACGGUACCGGCAGAGUGGUUGGCGAGGGCAUGCACUUGUGAAGCCAUCUGUCGUGAGAGCGCAGCCAGAAGGGACGCAGGAAAAUGUGAUACACGGAUAUACAGACUUGGUUGUUGCUGUAAUUAUCAUUUAUUUAAGGUGAAUACUUUGGAUACGAUAUUUUGGUGUUGAUAUUGUGUUUGGGGUCUCGAGGCGCCAGUGGAGAUUGAUUGAAAGUGUGGCAGUGCUGUCCCCAUUUUCUAUAUUUUUGUUAUGACAGUUUGAUGUGUAAAAUAUCGUUGAAAAUGUUGUAAAAGCAUAAUUUUGAAGAUAGGCCUGUUUUGAAAAGGCUUGUCAAAGAGAAUGUUCUGGCAUAAAGUGGACUUGUAUGGCUGCGUUCAGUCACGUCUUGGUUUGGUACUGAUUUUGUGAUGUAGACCCAGUUUGGGUCUGUUCUAGUCCUGGUUUAGUUUUGGGUUUAGUCCCAGUUUAGUCCCACUUUUGAUGUGAUGUGUGUGGAACUGUGAACGCAGCAUCUAACAUGCUUUAAUGUACUUAAAACAGAGUGGACAGAGAUGGGUACAGUAUCAAAAACUGGUAUUCAAGUAAGAGUACUCUUACUUCAAAAUGAUAUUACUUUAAGUAGAAUUACAAAAUAGUGGCUUAAGAAAUAACUCAAGUAAGAGUUAAAAAGUAUUUGCGGAAACUACCACAAGUAAGAGUAACUGUAAUAACAUCUGAUAUAUAGUUUUAAGUUUGUUUUUUCAAAGAAUAGACCCCAAAUAUGAGUGUAAGUACUAUUACACUGUAAAAUAUAUUACUCAAGUUAAAGUAUAUCAUCUGAAACUGCUUUCAGAAGUACAAUUUACUUUCUCAAGUAAAUGUACUCGUAAAUGUGACUGAGUACGACCCACCCACCUCUGCUGUGGGCUACAGAAUGUGAAUAUUGCCUACAACAAAAGUGAAUUGAUCCUUUAAAUUCAUCUGAAAUUAAGACAAUAACAUUAUUUAACUUGAAAACAACAUAUUUAUUGACCUUGUAUAUUUUUGUAAGCUAAAUGAGUAUAAACAGAUUUUUCCCACGUCUCCUAUUGUGCCUUGACUGAACCACUCCCUAUGUGUGACAAUCCAGCAUGGAACCUACUGGGCUAACCUGGAAAACUGCUGCAUGGCCUGAACUCUGAAAAACCUCCAAACACGCCUGGGAAACAAAGCAAAAAUGUUGGGAAUAAUGCAUUUUGCGUGUUUUUGAAUGACCACCUCUUCUUUUGUCCACUCAAAACAACAGUUAAGAUGACAUUCACACGGUGUCUUGGGCUGGCUAUAACUUUUACAACAGGUGACUAUACUUGAAUUGGUUGGUACCUGUUGUUUACUUUUCGUCUUGAUGUUUUGUACCAUCGGGCACAAAACCAAAAACUUAGCUUACCUAAGAAUUUGAACUCGCCAACACAAACAUCCUAGUAAAUAACUUUAUUAUUCCAUAUGGACAACAACAUGGCUGCCCUGUACAUGUCUCGUGUUUUGUAUCGCGAUUGUUGAGUAUUUACAGAAUGUACAAUUAUGGCUGGGAUCCCCGUAAUGUAACGACUCUUAAGUGAUGUUUAUGCCCAGGCUAUUGUCCAGAUCUGUGAAUGAUUUAUGGGAUUUGAACAUGGACUCAUUGUUGGUCAUAUGAUUUCCAUAACAUUACGUUCACAUUGGUUUUACAAGAAAUGCCAAUCUUCUAUAUAACUACAGAACAUACUGUCUAAAACGUUUAUUAUUGUCUAAAUACAGCCUGGGAGUGUUAUUCUAGUACGAGCUCCAUGGUGUAUGAUUUCAUAAAGAGAAAUGUAUUUGGAAAUUCAAAAUGUAGCUUGUAAAACUCGCUCAAAAUGGCCGUACAAAAUGCUCCGUCAAAACUAUUAAAUAAACAUGAAAGUAAGUCUUAAAACGUCCCUCCAUUUGAAGCUAUAUUUUCCGUACCAUUAAACACGUUAUGAAAUACAAGUUAUUAUGAUAUUCUUAACAUAAGGGUUGUUUUUUUCAUGCUUCGUUACUUUUACUAUGUCCGCUCUCUGGCUGUACCUCGUGUCUAUGUUUGGGUACACAUUUCCAGACACGACUGGCCCUCUCUUAUGGAAUAUGUGUAUCAUAUGAAAAAGGACUGUACUUUUAUAUGUGUGGGUCGGAAGGGGACACACUGCUCUAGACAUUGAUCUCUGUUGGGUUAUAUGGGCUUUCUUUGUACUCAAGUGAAG